UUUUUUUUGUUAAUGAAAAGGAUUUAAAUUUUCUCCAAAAAUUUUCUCCAAAUUUUUAAUUUCUUUGAAUCCACAGCAUGUUUUUCAAUUUUCCUAAUUUCGAUUCCACGAUCCGUUACUCUGUUUGUUUCCCAGGAAAACAGAGGAAGGAAAUCUUGUUUUUGCGUCUGUUUUUUCUGUUUAGCGCAUAAUUAAUUGGAUAAAAACCGAACUGUUUCGUUUUUUGUUUUUUUUCUCUCUUGGUGGCCAAACGGAGACAACAAGAAGUUUGGAUUUUUUGUGAAUUACUAUUAGGAAAUAUUUGGUUGGAGACAAGGUAUUAUAAGGAUUAUAAAAGGAGUUUAUUAUUCAAUUUCAAAAAUGGAGCUGAAUACCAUCAAAGAUGCAUUUGACCGUGUUGUUAAGAAGCAAAAGCUUUCAUCUUCAAAAUCUCAUGAAGUAAUUGAUCAUGUUGGCCAGGAAAUUGAGCAGGCACUUGCAAAGUUCUUGUCAACUCAUGACUCUACUUCAUCCAUUGAUCAGAAGUCCAUUCUUGCAGAGCUUAAACUCAAGCUUAAUGCAAUUAGCCCAGUCCAGCAGUUUGAAGGUUCCCAAAAGGAACUGAACCAAAACCUUAGCAAGUACCCUAAACUCCUUGAAAGAUCCUUCAAUCCUGACAUAUCCAAGGCAUACAGAAAUGUUGACUUUGACUUCCAUAUAGUGAAUCAGAUAAUUGCAAACCAUUUUUACCAGCAAGGCUUGUUUGACCUAGGAGAUAGCAUAAUAUAUGAGGCUGGAGAACACGAGGCAACUGUGCUAAAAUCUCAGUUUUUGGAAAUGUAUCAGAUACUUGAGUCCAUGAGGGUUAAGAACCUUGAACCUGCUCUGAACUGGGUCUCUGCUAACCGUGAAAAGCUGAAGCAGAAUGGUUCCCAUCUUGAGCUUAAACUUCAUAGUCUGCAGUACAUGGAGAUACUACAGAACGGAACCCAAGCUGACGCACUUAACUAUGCCAAAACUUACCUUGCUCCUUUUGCUUUUCUUUACAAGGAAGAGAUCAUGAAGCUUAUGGGUUGUCUUGCAUUUCGAGGAAGGCUUGCUAGUUCUCCUUACUCUGAGUUGAUGUCCCCAACCCAUUGGGAGAAAUCAACGGAUGAGCUGAUUCAGCAAUUCUGCCGUCUCCUCGGGCAGUCCUGCAAAAGCCCAUUGAGUGUGGCAAUAACCGCUGGAUUCGAAGGGCUGCCUACGCUAUUAAAGUUGGCAAAUGUAAUGGCUGCGAAGAAGCAGGAAUGGCAAGCAAUGAAGCAGUUGCCAGUUCCUGUAGAAUUGAGCAAGGAAUAUCAGUUCCAUUCCAUAUUUGUCUGUCCUGUAAGCAGAGACCAAGGAAGUGAAGAGAAUCCACCCAUGUUGAUGCCAUGUUUGCAUGUUCUUUGCAAGCAAUCAAUCAUGAAGCUCUCAAAGAGCAGCACACGCACAUUUAAAUGUCCAUACUGUCCAGCAGAAGCUUCAGUUGCCCAGUGCAGGCAGCUAUAUUUCUGAAAAUUAGUGAAAUCCGCUCUCUCCUCUCACCAACCUUCAACAAGGGGUCAUGAUAUUGUGGAUGCAUUGCGUUCAUAGUUUGUAUAUAGGAAUUUUUUUGAGAUUCAUAGUUUGAUUUUUAAAAGGACCAUUGAUUAUAUAAAAAUGUCAAAUAGACUUGUUGGUUGCCCUGAGUUCUGGAAUAGAAUUACAUUUGUGAUUCAA